AUGAGCAGGGCCGGCAGGAUGCAGCCCGAGAGCCGGAGCGGCUGGGGCGUCGUGCCACCCAGGGCUGAGCUGAGCUUGUCCGUGGUGGUCAAAGCCACUGGACAGGAGCUCUUUCAGCAAGUUUGUGAUCUAGUGAAGAUUAAAGAGCCUCACUUCUUUGGCCUCAGCAUUGUUAAAAAUAAUGAAUAUGUUUUUAUGGACCUGGAGCAGAAGCUUAGCAAAUACUUUUCAAAGGAAUGGAAGAAAGAGACCACCAAAGGAACAGAGAAAUUCAGCCCUCCUUUUGUUGCGUUCUUUAGAGUACAAUACUACGUAGAAAACGGAAGAGUAAUAAGCGACAAGGUGGCACGGCAGCUCUACUACUGCCAUCUCAAAGAGCAAGUACUUAUGUCUCGGUGCAACCACAAAGAGGAAAUCUACUUCUUGCUGGCUGCCUACAGCUUACAGGCAGACUUGGGCAACUACAGGGAGAAGGUCCAUGCUGGCAAAUAUUUUGAACCUCAGGCUUAUUUCCCGCAGUGGAUAAUUGCAAAGAGGGGGAGCGACUACAUCUUGAAACACGCCCCAGAGAUGCACCGAGAACAGCAAGGGCUGAGCGCUAAGGAAGCGGUGCUGAAGUUUAUCAAGGAGUCCUGCCUGCUGGAGGAUGUGCCCGUCCACUUUUACAGGCUGCAGAAGGAUAAGAAGGAGGAUCGCCCCACGGUUAUCCUGGGCCUGACCCUGAGAGGAAUGCACAUCUAUCAGGAGGUGAACCACGUUCGCCAGCUCCUCUACGACUUUCCCUGGUCGCACAUCGGGAAGCUGGCGUUCCUGGGGAAAAAAUUUGAGAUCCAGCCGGACGGUUUGCCCUCUGCACGGAAGCUGGUGUACUACACGGGUUGCCCCUUCAGGUCACGGCACUUGCUGCAGCUCCUCAGCAACAGCCACCGGCUCUUCCUGAAUAUCCAGCCAGUGCUGAAGCAGAUCCGAAAGCUGGAGGAGGCCGAAGAGAAGAAGCGGUACCGGGAGUGCUAUAUCCGGAGGGACAACCGCCUCUCGCGCCAGUCCACGGGCAGCCACGGCAGCUCGCACACGGCGGGCAUCGAGGCAGACUCCAGGCACCGGGUGUCGGUGGAAAUGUCUGUGGAUGAGCCCUUCGGCAUUGACCGGGUGCACAGGAAGGAGAAAUCCUGCAGCUCGACCAUCAGCUACGGUAGCUCCGGCAUUGACAGCGGCAGCAAGGGGCGGGCUGAAGACGACUCUCAGGAUGAUGCUAUAAAUCAGGAUUCGCUGUCUGUGGUGCAAGUCACGCUAAUAAAAAUGAGAGGCCAAAGCGUGGAAUCCCUUCACCAGGUUGGAUCGCCCCGGGGCAGGAGCUGCGCGGAGCAGCACAGCCGGAGUUUGGACGACAUCCGCCUGCACCAGCGCCGGCACCCGCCGCUCAGUGCCACGCUGUCCUCGGACACGUCCCACAGCUACACGUUUGGCUGCAGCCUGGAGGACAGGCUGUCUGUCUACGGCUGCGUUUAUUCCACGGCGGACUGCAAAACCAAGUCUGCCCUGUACGGGAAGCGAUCCAUGAACUGCCUCUCCUUGGACCUCCUGGGAGAGGACCAGCUCCCGGAGGAGUUCGUGGUGUAA